AUGAGCUCGCAAGCCCCCGCAUCUACGGUGGUCGUCACCGGCAUCAACAAGUCGACUGCCAGGAAGCAGAUCGAUGACUUCUUCAGCUUCUGCGGCUCCAUCGCCAAGCUUGACCUCACCGACGAUGGCCCCUCCACCCAGAAGGCCGUCAUCGAAUUCGUCAAGCCCAGUGCUGCCAGCACCGCCGUGAUGCUCCACGGCAGCUCGCUCGACGGCGCCCAUCUCUCCGUCACGCUCGGCGCCUCCGCCGCCUCAGCUGCCACCACCACAGCUGCCGCUGCUACGACCACUGGCGCCGCCGCUGCUCACGACGAUGCACAGCCCGUCGGUCAGGAGGACAAGCCCAAGACCGCCAUCGUUGCCGAGUACCUCGCUCACGGCUACACCAUCUCGGACGAGAUCACAAAGCGCGCCAUCGAGCUCGACAACAAGCACGGCCUGUCCACCACCUUCAAGGGCUACCUCUCCCAUCUCGACCGCUCCCUCGGCCAGAAGCUCGAGAAGGCUGCCCCUUCUGCCGCCGUCACAACUGAAAGGACCGAGCAUACCCCCAGCGGUCCGGCGGCUCUCUCUUCGGCGACCGACAAGGUGGCCGCUGCCAUGCCGGUUCCGGGCGACGACGCCUCCGUGUCCGGUCCCAAGACCACCACCACCGUUCCCGACCCGGCUUCGACCGAGGCAGGUGCUGCUGCGGCUCUGGACAAGCAGGAUCCCUCACUCACUCGUCAGCUCCACCAGCGCGCUCAGGCCGUGCUUGACAAGCCCGAGGUCAAGGCCAAGACCGACCUGGUCUGGACCAAGCUCAGCGAGUACUACAACGCCUUUGCAAACCAUCCCAAGAUCCACGACUUUUACACAAAGACCUCCAAGAACGUCACCGACGUCCACGAGGAGGCAAAGCGCAUCGCCGAAAAGAGGAAACAGGGUGGUCCUUCCGGCGCUGCCGGCACUUCGCCGCCUUCCUCUGGCACCAAGCAGAUGAGCGUCUCUUGGGUCCUGCUCGGCCUCGUGCUCUUCUCGUCGCUCUCCAUCCACGGCGCAGCUGCGCACAGCCACGACGCCAUCUCCAACGAGCCUGCCGAGGUGGCCGGCUUCGAGCCAACCGACAUUGAGCACGAGAGCUACAUUCAGCGCCACAUGCGCACCGAGCACCACAUCAACGCCUUCAACCUCGGCAGCGCCUUCGCCCUGCAUGACCUCGACCGCAACGGCGUGCUCGACCGAUCCGAGAUCGAAGCCAUCUACGGCGUCCACCACUCCGAGUCCAAGAAGCACUCGCCCACCCACGAGGUGCACGACGAGAAGGCCGACAAGAUCGUCGGCUCCGUACUGCGCGCCAUGGACACCAACAACGACGGCCUCAUCACCAAGAAGGAGUUCAUCGACGCCGGCCCCAACGGCCUGCCCACCUUCCCAGAGUACAACAUCGGCAGCCUCGGGCACCACUACGACGAGGAGUCCGAGUUCUUUGUCCACCACGAGGAGCUCUACCACAACACCCCCGAGACGCAGUCCGACGAGAGCUACACCCACAAGGAGGACCUCGAGCACUUUGCCAAGCACGACAAGAUCGAGGAGGAGGAGGAGCGACGCGAGCGCAAGGCCGAAGGUCUGCCCAGCAUCGAAGAAGAUGCACGCCUGAGGAAGGAGGCGGCCGCGCGUGGCGAAAAGUACCAGUCGCCCUACGACGAGCAGCUCUCGCCCGAACAGCAGAAGGAGGCCCGGAAGCAGCACGACGAGGCCCAGCUCGGCCACGCCGUCCACGAGGCCGAGGCGUCGCAGCACACCUUCCGCACGCCAUCGGGCAAGCACAUCGUCAAAGAGGAGCAGAUGGUCUUCCAGGACGUCGAGGUCGACAACAAGGGUCGUCCUGCUCACCUGCCGCCCGCCGAUGCCGGCGCCCCCAGCACGGGCAACAAGGCCGCCAACGCCGAAGCGGCGGGGCAAGAGCGUCUGCCCCACGGCGUCGCCGAUCGAUUGCCCGGCGAGACCGAGGAAGGCCGAAAGCAGCGCCUCGCAGCUGCCAAGCUCGAGGCCUCGCGACGCCCUUCGUACGGCCACGGCGACAAGGGCUUCGCGCAGCCAAAGGACGACAGCGACCGCAUGCGCAAGGGCGCUCCCUACAAGUACCCUCCUUUGCAAAAACAGUUCCGCGUCAAGAAGCAGUCGUACUUUGGCGAGUUCUAA